AAUUUUCUUCUGAUCUUUGACCUGCACAUGUACCUCAUAUCACAGGUUUCUCUUGUUCUGAUUGGUUUAGGCAAAUCUAAAACCAAAAAGGGGGAAAACACACGGAAACACAGCGAUUGGCGAAUGCGAAAUUCGGAUGGUCAGGGCUCACUAGAGAGAGAGAAAAUAAGGUACAGAUUCUUGCUUAUAGCUUUACUUACCAGUAAGUUAUACUACACACGUUUUUAA